AUGAAUAGUACACGCGAGACAAAUCUUCAUUCUCUUUGGGAUUCUGGUCUCAUUCACGUUCGUAUGUCACGUAAUUUUAACUCGAACAUAACCAUGUACUACGAAUAUCUUUAUGAUCUCAUGCGCAAUCAAACACCAAAAAUUGACAACGGUGAUUUCAAUCAAUGGAUUGCAGAAAGUGUGCAAUUGGUCUGUGGACAAGUUUAUAUAGAUGAGAGGAAUAUAACAAUGAAUGCUUCAGCCGUUUUUCAUUUGGGCAACGUCUACUAUGAGAAAAAUAUUCCGGUCAUUGAAAAACGGAUUAUUCAAGGAGGUCAACGAUUAGGUGCUCUUCUCAACAUGUUAGCUGCUAAUCGUCCGAAGCCGUCGUCAGCAUCAUCAUCAAUAACAUCCACAUUCACGCCACCAACAACAUCCACAUCGACACCACCAACAACAUACACAUCCACACCACCAACAACAUCCACAUCGACACCACCAACAGCAUCCACAUCCACACCACCAACAACAUACACAUCCACACCACCAACAACAUCCACAUCGAUGCCAUCAUCACCAUCUAGAAAGCUCUAUUGGAGCACCACCACACUUAUUGUCAUACUUAGCAUUGAAUUUGUUAUUGUCAUUGCCUUUGUAGGAAUUCGCAUGUUUAUGCGACGGCAACAACCAAUAACAUUGUCAUUUCCUACAUAUUUCAAGAAAUAA